GACCGGAAGCGCCGAUAGACCGUCUUGGUCAAUUGAGGCUUGAACUAACUAGUUCCUGGAAGUGAUUACCAAUAUCGAGAAGAAGAUAUAGGUUCGUUAUUCGACGAGUUACGGUCAUGGUUUGCCAAUGCAGAAAUAUCAAUCACGGAGCUACAGUACUGGGGAUUGGUGGAUGCGGAUGUUUCUACAUGAACGAGGAGGAGUCAUGUCGGCCGCGAGAUCCUUUCUCUGUCUUUGGCAGUGACAGUCCUAUUCUAGGCCAAUCGGACAAUCUGUACGUGUCGUCUGGUGUCCUAGUUCAGGACCGUACAGGGGAUAAAUACAUGAUUAUUUCCAGCAAUGACUUCCCUCCUGGAACUGCCGUGUACCAGCCCGACAAUGACGGUCACAGAGUCGGAGAGGCCACAGCAUAUGUCCCCAACACAGCCCCUUGCACUGGUCAAACUUGACGACGGCAUAGAAUUUACCAACGAGUUAUUCCAGAACACCGUCGUCCCGGAUCUUUCAACUCGCCUCAAGAAUCUUGCAAGAGGAAAUUCCGUCUCUACUAU